UUGAAAUUAUCACUUAUCACGGAAAUAAAAAAUGAAAUAACUAGUAACCUUAAACAGCUGGAAGAAUCGCAUAACAGUUUGCUAAAUGACUACAACAAUCUCAAAAGUAAUUUUGAAAAACUUCAACAAAAUGUCCAAGAUGGCGAAAUGAAACUGACGGAUUUAUGUGCUCAAAUAAAAAAAGAGCAACAAUGGGGCAGGCUUUCGAACUUAGAGAUUGUUGGUCUACCUGAAAACUCAAAAGAAUCAAUUUCUGAAUUAACAAUCAAAAUAGCCAGCCAUGCAGGAAUUAAGCUUACCAAUGAUCAAAUUGUUUCUGCGCACAGAGUCCAGCCUAUGCAGAAUGUUGGAGGUCGCCCAAAAAACAUUAUAGUCAAACUUCAGAAUCGCACUAUUAAAGAUAAUAUUAUUUCAGGGCUACGCAAAACCAAAGGAAUUACUACUUCUGAUAUUGAACUAGGUGGUCCAGCCAAAAGGAAAAACGAGGAGUCUUCUGCUAUCACUAUAAAUUCCGUAAAAGAUUUAUUAAAAAUUGUAUGA